AUGGAACGUUUGGAAGGCUCGGUAACGAAACGUCGUUUGCAAUUAAGGACCCAGAAGGAGGAUAAUACAAAAGUGAGUUUGCGAUCUGGAAGAGACAAAAGCCCGACAGUGGGACUCGACAAAGAGAACGACAUCAUCGAGAUUGCAAAAAGCAGCAAACACUACGCAGCAUCUCAUUUUGGCGCUGCCACUGAUAGAUCCAGCGGAUGGCAUGAAUACAGUAUCCCCAACCUUUCGAUUGAUGCGAGGUUGGUUGACCUGACGGUCCCUAUCCGAGCUGUAAUGCCGGUCAUCGGGGAGAAGGAUAAGAGGGGAACGGGUAUAAGGGAAAAGAUGAAAAGCGAAGAUAAAAGCAUGAAGUAA